AAAUGUCCAUUGUUUUGGGUGGAGGUCUAAGCGGCCUAUCUGCCGCCUAUUAUCUACUCAAGAAAUUUGGCCAACCAACUGCAAUUUUCGAGGCAUCCAGUCGCAUUGGAGGAUGGAUUAAAACGGAAAAACAUAAGGAGAGAGGCUUCAUUUUUGAAGCCGGCCCACGUACCAUACGGCCCAAAGGUAUAUCGGGCGCCAAUACCUUGGAAAUGAUUGAGGAUUUGCAAUUGCCCAUCGAAGCGGUCACAUCAUCCCAUGUUGCAGCUAAAAAUCGUAUGAUUUAUGCCAAAGGUCAAUUGUGCAUGUUGCCGAACAGUCUAAAGGGGGUGUUGAAAACCAUACCACCCUUCAGCCAGCCACUGGCGAUGGCUCUUCUCAACGAUUUGAAAUCGGCACCGAAAAAGAUCAAAUUUGGCGAUGAGUCCAUAUAUGAUUUCGUCAGUCGUCGUUUUGGCAAGGAAUUGGCCGAUUAUGCAAUUAGUCCCAUGAUUUGUGGCAUUUGUGCCGGUGAUGCCAAGGAAAUAAGUGUCCGUUUUCUGAUGGAUGAAAUAUUCGAGAAGGAACAACGAUAUGGUGGUGUCAUGAAAGGUAUUUUUCUAAGUAAACUGAACGACAAGAAGGGAAAGGAGGCAGCCUCAAAGGGUCUGUUUAAGGACAACCAACCGAAAAUAUUCAAGCAGGCAGUGGAAAAUAAAUGGAGCAUGUAUAGAGUUAAUGAUGGUUUGGAAACCUUACCUCGUAGCCUAAACGAGUAUCUUCUCUCACGUGAUGUGGAAGUAAAUUUAGCAUCGGAAUGUCGAGAGAUAUUAUUCACCGAAAAUUCGGCACGUUUAAAUAUCAAGGGACAAGAGGUUGAGGCAAAACAUGUUAUCAGUUCCAUUCCCAGCUUCAAAUUGGCGGCAUGUGUCAAAGGCCAACAUCCCGGUUUGGCAGGACAGCUCAUGGCCAUACCCUAUGUCGAUGUGGCUGUUGUCAAUUUACAAUACAACAGUAAAGAUAUCUUGAAACAACCAGCAUUUGGAUUCCUAGUGCCCCCGGUGGAAAAAAGACCCAUAUUGGGUGUUAUAUUCGAUAGCUGCAUUUUCGAUAUGGAAGAGAAUACAGUGAUUACGGUUAUGAUGGGUGGUAAGUGGUUUGAACAAUACUAUGGACAAAAUCCAACACAAAAGGAGAUCUUGGAUAUUGCAUUACGAGAAGUUAACCAAAUAUUGGGUAUCGAUCAAGAACCGAAAAUGUCAAGAGUCCACAUUUUAAAGAAAUGCAUACCACAAUAUAAUGUGGGUCAUAAACAGCGUGUCCAAGAUAUUCGUCGUUAUAUACAACGCUACAAAUUGCCUUUAUCCCUUUGCGGGGCGGCCUAUGAUGGUGUCGGAAUAAAUGAUGUUGUUCUAUCGGCUCGCAUGAGUGUGGAGGAGAUACCACGCUUACAUUAG